UGAGAAUCCUACCGUCGCCGUCUCCGUUCGGAAAACCCCAGAUGGCCAAACCCUGCGAGCGCGAGCCGACCGCCGCCUCGCCUCCCCCGCUCCGCUCUCUCACCGGCCACCGCGGUCGAACCCAGCUCCAGGCCACCGCGCCCCAGCGGCACGAUGGUGACCGACGCCGUUGCAAUGGCCGUCGUGAGGGCGGCGCGCCCGGCCCUCCGUGGCGCCCACGACGGCGUCGCCUUCGCGGCACACGCCACUUUCCUCGUUGCCGGGUACUCGCUCUGCGCCGUCGGCCCCGACGCGCUCGCCGAACCCUCGCCCGCAGGUGAUCAAGAGGUGGGGACCGAUGGUUGGAAUAGCAUGGAGAACAUCUACGCUUUUUUGUAUAGCAAGGAGGAGAAGGAAACAAAGAACCACGUACUUGUGAAAUGCCUGGUGACCGGUGAAUCACUUGCAAUUGAUCUCCAGGAUCUUGAGGCACAGGAUAAGGAUCCAUACAAUAUCCUGAUCAACGUGAAAGAUUUCUUCUCUGAAGAGCAGCCGAAGAACUAUGGGGAUAUGUACAAGAAUUUUGCUGUUCUCAUUGAGAAUGUGAACUCAAAAUUGCUGCGCAAACUGGAUGCGAAGGAUGCUGCUAAGAACCCUGACACUACUUCCAAGAAGACUGAUGCUGAGAGCAGUUUAUCACUCCACAGGCUGUUUCCAGAAUUCGAGGAGCAUGAUUGUGCAAGGACAGGAAGGACCGCAACGGAAAUGGUGGAGCUUAAGGAUGGUCCCCAGGAACAGUUUACACAUGAAAUGGAACCCUUUCUACGCGACAAAGGCGUUGUAGAGUUAGUUGCUGAUCAUGCGUGUGAGGAAGUGAAACCCCUUUCACCAGAAGCAGCACAGAUGGGUUUAUUCGCAAAUGUGAAGAAACCAUUCUUGAUGCAAAUAUUGCAUUUGGGAAUUAGGAAGGGAUUAACAAAGGAAGUGUUGCAAAACAUGGCCCAUUUAAAGAUAAAUUUAGAAGAUUUAUCGCAAACUGAGCUCCUAACACUGUGUGUGGCUAAUGGUGUCAAUUGCAAAAAAAAUAAGAAAGAAGAAAUGUUGGCUAGCCUUCGUGACCACAAAAGAUCAUUGGCGCAAAAGGUGACCAAUUGUUCAAAGGAGUGGGCAUCGAGAUAUGAUGUUCUCAUGAAGAAGUACAUGGAGGAGUGCGCAGAGAGGCGUUCUUUACACAAUGAGCUUAUUGAGCUGAGGGGGAACAUUAGGGUGUUCUGCAGAUGCAGGCCCCUAAACGAUAAGUACAUCUCUGUGGUUGAGAUCGAUCCAGAAAAGAAGAAUGUGCUGCAGUUUACUCCUGUCGGAAAAGAAAGGAAGGCCUUCAAGUUCGAUUAUGUUUUUGGCCCAGAGGAUGACCAAGAGGCAGUAUUUUCAGAAACGGUGCUUGUUAUUAGGUCAGUGAUGGAUGGCUUCAAUCUAUGUAUUUUUGCCUAUGGACUGACAGGAGCUGGUAAAACAUUUACUAUGGAAGGGGUUCGAGGAAAUAUGGGUGUAAAUUAUAGGGCUUUGCAAGAAUUGUUCAGAAUCUCGAUAGAAAGAAGUGCAUCUGUUGCAUAUACAUUUUCUACUGGUAUUCUGGAAGUUUACAAUGGAAAGAUAAGGGAUCUACUUGGUGAGAGCAAUAAGCAAUUAAAAAGCUUGAAUAUUAAGCAAAGUGCUGAUGGAACGCAAGCGGUGUCUGGUUUGAUUGAUGUUCCAAUUUAUGACAGAGACGGUGCAUGGGAGAUACUGAGAGCUGGUGCUCGGAAUAGAUCUGUUGCGGCAACCAAUGCAAAUGAACUCAGUAGCCGCUCCCACAAGUGAGGGCUGUGGUGUUUUACCUCAUGUUAUGUAUUCAUUCUUUCUAAUUAAUUAAGAUAAUCAUCUAGGAUACCCUUCCAGUUUUCAAAAAUUAUCAUCACCAUUUAGAUUCAGUUUUUGUCAGCUUGGCAUUGAACUGUCAUUACUAUAGCAUUGUGAUAAAAUAUUUUGCCUCAUGUUUUGUGCCCGGACUUGUGUUCCAUUUGCAGUUUGGUUAGGGUCACCGUCACUGGCUCAAAUUUGGUGACGGGUCAGAGGAUAUUAAGCUAUAUGUGGUUAGUUGACCUUGCCGGAAGUUUGAGAGUAGGAGAAACUGGAGUAGAAGGUGAUAGGCUCGAGGAGGCAAAGUUCAUCAAUAAAUCACUAUCUGCCUUGGGUGAUGUUAUAUCUGCCCUUGCAUUAAAAAA